AUGAGCAGAGAACAAGAAAACGUUUGGUUGGUUCUUGACAUUAUUUAUAAUCAAUGCCUAAUUCUUCUUGAAGAUAUGGUCAUUGCUAUGUCAGGUAAAACUUUGUCACAAUUUGGACUCAUUUCACCAUUACGAGAACAAGGGACUAUUAUUAACAACCAUCAAUAUCUAAGUGAAUUGGCUUACGACACAGAUCAGCUUACCGAAGAAGUUGCAUCAAAUGUUUUAAAAUUAAAUAUAGAACAGAAAGAAGCCUACGAGAAAAUAUUAAAUAGUGUUGCUUCUAACUGUGGGAAAAGUGAACAAUGUAUCUCUAUCGCUAUUGCUUCUUCUGGAAUUGCAGCUACCUUAAUCGACGGAGGCGAAACGGCUCACACUGCUUUUAAAUUACCUCUAAACAUGAAUUAUUCGGAUAAUACUCCUUGUAACAUCUCUAAGCAGAGUGAUAUAGCACAUGUCCUUAAGAAAGCAAAACUAAUUAUAUGGGAUGAAUGCACUAUGGCUCACAAGAAUGCUAUUGAGGCUCUUAACAGAACGCUCAAGGAUAUAAGAAGUUGUAACCAAAUUAUGGGUGGAAUAACUGUUCUUUUGGCUGGUGACUUUAGACAAACAUUGCCUGUUGUGCCAGGAGUAGUAGAAGUAGACGAUGCUGUUCAUUAUCCUAUAGAGUUUUUGCAUACACUGAAUCCACCCGGAAUACCACCUCAUAUUCCAAAUCUUAAAAUUGGGGCACCAAUAAUGCUACUGCGCAAUUUGAAUCCUCCAAAACUAUGUAACAGCACCAGACAAGUUAAAAGUCUGCAUAAAAAUGUUAUUAAAGCUGCAAUUUUAACAGGAAAAUAUGAAGGAGAAGUUGUAUUCAUCCCGAGAAUUCCUCUUAUUCCAACAUAUCACCAUUUUGAGUUCAAACGUCUUCAAUAUCCUGUCAGAGUUUGUUAUGCCAUGACUAUCAAUAAAGCGCAAGGGCAGAGUUUGAGAAUGACUGGUGUGGAUCUGGAAGUGAUAGUUUUUCUCAUGGUCAACUUUACGUGGCGUGUUCAAGAGUCAGUUCACCGGACAACUUAG